UUUGCCUUCAUUCCUGUUGUUGACAAGAGUUUUUUGUCUCUCAUGCUAGCUGAUGCUAAUUUCUAGUUGUGUGUAGGCUGUGCGUAGCCUGACGCGCACCCUGCCAAAAAUUUAACAACGGGUCCGUUCUACGUGGACUGCAAGAGUGAUUUAACCCAAACUGCUACAAAAGUCGCUGUCUAUUUACCUCCAUCACUGCUGGUCUUCUUAAAUCAUAGGCUGCGUCUGAAACUUCCAAAAGCAGUAGGCGAGGCGAGUAGAAUGUCCAAAUUCAUAGUAUUACCAAAACAGUAGGUGAAAAGUACCCGGAUGACUUACUACUACUGGCAAGAUCUCGAAGUGUUAAUUCGAUGGACCCUUAACUAUCCCGUGAGCCCUCGGGAGAGGAGUUAUCCACCGAAGAAUGAGAGGCGCCAUGCAGACCCCAGAGGCAGGCGCUGACUCCGCGUCUAACGUUCCCCUCCAGACCAGCGUGCCUGUGCAGCCUGCGGUCAAUGCACAGCAGGUGGCGUCUCAGGUACCCAUCCAACAACAGGCGCAGACUGUUCAACAGGUCCAGCAUGUGUAUCAGGCACAGGUGCAGUACGUUCAGGAGGAAAACAACAGCGUUUACACCAAUGGAACCAUACGGACGUAUUCUUAUGCCGAGCCACAGCAGCUGUACAACCAGAACAACGCCGGGAACUACUUCGAUACGCAGGGCAAUUCGGCUCAGGUGAGCACCGUGGUAACGACGCACAGCAUGUCCAACAACGGUAACGGCAACGGCGCUCUGGCCAUGGGCCUGUCGGGAGGUCAGAUCAUCAGCAGCUCUGGAGCUUAUCUGAUUGGAGGAAACUCCAUGGACGGCUCCGCCCCUCACACUGCAGCGCAGAGCACCAGAGCCUCUCCUGCCACGAUUGAAAUGGCGAUUGAGACGCUCCAAAAGUCUGAAGGUUUGUCCAGUCAGAGAAGUUCGCUGCUCAACAGCCAUCUGCAGUGGUUACUGGAUAACUAUGAGACAGCAGAGGGCGUGAGUCUGCCCCGUUCAACCCUCUACAAUCACUACCUGCGUCACUGUCAGGAGCAGAAGCUCGACCCAGUUAAUGCUGCUUCUUUCGGGAAACUCAUCCGCUCCAUCUUUAUGGGACUACGCACUCGCCGCUUGGGCACCCGGGGAAACUCCAAAUAUCACUAUUAUGGGAUCCGCGUGAAGCCGGACUCUCCUCUGAACCGGCUGCAGGAGGACAUGCAGUACAUGGCAUUGAGACAGCAGCCCGUCCAACAGAAGCAGAGAUUCAAGCCACUACAGAAGGUGGAUGGCAUGACAGGGGAGAACUUCAGCAGUGGGCAGCACACUCCCAAUACUGCAGAGCAGAACUUCAUUGCUCAGAGUCAGCACCAUCAGCAGUUCCUGGAUGCCUCCAGAGCUCUGCCAGAGUUUGUUGAACUUGACCUCGGAGAGCCUGUGGAAGGCAUCAACUCAGAGGACAUCAAAGCCCUUCAGACGCUGUACAGAGAACACUGCGAGGCCAUUUUGGAUGUGGUGGUAAACCUUCAGUUUAAUCUAAUAGAGAACUUGUGGCAGACUUUCUGGCGCUAUUCUCCAUCCAACUCAAUAGAGGGCGUCACCAUUACAGAAAACAGCGGGAUGUGUGAAAUCGAGGGCCGUCUGCCACGGGCCCAACUGAUCCUGAUCUGCCGAAAUGAGGCAGUCCUGAAGUGGAUGAAUGCUUGUGAUCAUCUGAUGUAUCAGGCCCUCGUGGAGAUCCUUAUCCCUGAUGUUCUGAGACCUAUUCCUAGUGCCUUGACUCAAGCCAUCCGUAAUUUUGCCAAAAGCCUUGAGGGCUGGCUCACCAACGCCAUGAGCAGUAUUCCCCAGAGAAUGAUCCAAACCAAGGUUUCAGCUGUUAGUGCCUUUGCUCAAACCCUCCGCAGAUACACGUCUCUGAAUCAUCUGGCGCAGGCAGCCCGUGCGGUCCUGCAGAACACCUCCCAGAUCAACCAGAUGCUUAGCGACCUCAACCGCGUGGACUUCGCCAACGUGCAGGAACAAGCCUCGUGGGUGUGUCAGUGUGAAGAGGGGGUUGUCCAGCGUCUAGAGCUGGAUUUUAAAGCCACCCUUCAGCAGCAGAGCUCAUUGGAACAGUGGGCAGCUUGGCUGGACAAUGUGGUCGCUCAAGUUCUCAAGCCGUUUGAAGAUAAACCACUGAGUCUCCCCAAAGCAGCGCGCCAGUUCCUGCUCAAAUGGUCCUUCUACAGCUCGAUGGUCAUUAGAGAUUUGACCCUCAGAAGCGCUGCUAGCUUCGGCUCUUUUCACCUUAUCCGUCUGCUGUAUGACGAGUACAUGUUCUACCUGGUGGAGCACCGUGUCGCCCAGGCAACCGGAGAGACGGCCAUUGGAAUUAUGGGAGAGUUUCAGGACCUGAACACCAUGUCACCGGCCAAUAUUGACAAAGAUGAGGUGAGCGAGAUGGACAGCGACCUGGACGAGGAGGUCGACGAGUCAGACGAGCCGCUCGCCAAGAGAGAAAAGGCAGAGACGGAGGUGAUUCAGGUUCUCCAAGUGGGGGCUAUGGAGGACGGCAGCAGCGCGGUGGUGGGCGUGGUCCAGCCCAACAUGCUCGGAUCUUUACCCCAAACCACCGGCAGUCACACCGAGCUCAUCCUUGGCUCAACCGGAACCAGCACCAUUCGCCACUGCGGCAGCGUGGGAAACACGUACGCCUCUGUGUGAAUGCCCGAGACGUCUGUUUCUCUUCUCCUGUCUUUUGUCUCUCUCACUACCAUCUCUCUGUCUGUCUGUAAGCGUCCAUUCUCAUCUUUAAUGAGACGUAAUCUACACGACGGUUUACAUCACAGAAACACGAUGCACAGCUGCUUCUCUUCGACCCAUCUGAAGCUCUACGGUGGGUCAUCUGCAAAGUUCUGAUGAACUACUCAAAGUAAAUCCACACUUGAAGAUGUGACGAGAUGCUGAUUGUAAUGACUGAAGCCCUCGUGUUAAUAGGAGACAUUUGUUGUCGUCGUUGUUGUUGUUGUUUUUUAAUGACACAGAACUCAAAUCCAAGCCACUAACUCCACAUGAGAAUAUACCGUUUGCCUAGUCAAUAUUUAUCACUUCUCGAUUUUAUUGUACUGAUCAUUGUUUACAGUUUGGUUUAGAAGACGUAAUUGGCCAAAAGUUGCUUGCCGUUUGCCGUUUGGUUAGAGAGUGUAAAGUCUCGCUGGCUGUAUAACUGUGCUGCUAUGAUGGAAGCAGGCCAGACGACCGUACUGAACAUAUAAUGAGCUUGCCGCCUUUUCACCUUCUGUACUCUGCAGUCCUCCGAGUGUUUCCAAUUGCCUUCUGUUCGUAGACUUGUUGCUGUUUGGUAGGCUGAAGAAGACGUCUGUCGUUGUACAUAUAUAUGCUGCAUGUACAAAAUGUGUCGUGGCUCUUGGGAGUUUCAUUUUUUUACAGUUGGGACCAAAAACACAGGAGUGAGAGACGACCGGCUGUCCUAGGGCUUUAUUGAAGCUCUGUUGCCUCUCAAACCUGUGCGACAUUGCAGAGUGAAUGUCAGGGAUUUUCUGUACCUCGGGUUCAAUUUAGUGCCUUAACUCAAACAACAGCUUUUCAUUCCAUCUAGACGCUAAUGCGACCGUGAGGAGGUCGUUCGGUUCGGUUCAGACUGAAAACCACACCGUUGGAGAAUAUUCAUAGUCUCGCGUGUGUAGACAUCUGCCUUCUGAUUUGAUCGCCGUGGACUUUGGCUGGAUUUGUGCUCUGACACCAGCGGUUAUUGCAUGAAAAUUCAGGACGGAGGCCGUGACGUGUCUGUCGCUCAGCUGUCCAGGCUUGUCCUGUCCUUUAUCCACUGGAGUUCAGUGAAGGACGUUGUGCAUGUGUGUGCGCGCGUGUUUGUCGGUACGUACGUGAGAGCUCGAGUGCGGGGUGUUUGUCGUUUGAUUGUUGUGUGUUUGUACCUUGUCACCCUACCUCAUAUACCAGCACUGCUGGUCUCAAUGACACAACGAGUCCUGACGUCUAGAGUUGUGUCAUUCUUUGCUGGCCCACAUGUUGUCAUGUGAUUUAAAUUAAUUGCUGACCCCCACAAAAGUGAAUAUUUGUAUUGUGUACCAAACGUGGAUAUGCUACAAUAUAAAUAUCUAUAGGUAUACAAAUAUAUGAUUACCGUUAAAAGUCAUUCUUUGUUUUUUACCUGCAUGUAUAGCUGGCAGUCAGAAGUGGUGUUUAAUUUAGUAAUAGCUUGUUGUUUGUUUGGUUUUGUUUGGUUUUUUAAUAAACUAUGAAAUGGAAACGGGGUGUUAACCUGAUGGUUGUAAUGCCGUAAAAGACACUCUUAUAUCUCUUAAGUGCUGGAUUUGGGAUAACCGCAUCCGUUAUAUAUAUGUUAUAGAUGAAGUCCACCGUUUGGUUUCACUCGGACCACCGUAUGGACAGAUACGAUUUCUUUUGUACUUGACUUCUUAUCGACUGCUGUCCUAUAAUGAAAACACUGGAAAACCGUAGUUACGUGUUUCAAUUGUCUUUACUACUGACAUAAAAAACUUGAUUCAUUUUUUUGUAACUGACUGUGUACACAGAUGUUUGAUUUAUUCACCUGUAUUAUGACUCUUAAAGGAUUACUCCACUUUCAUAAAAAAAUUCAGAUAAUUUACUCAACCCCAUGUCAUCCAAGAUGUUUAUGUAUUUCUUUGUUCAGUCGAGAAGAAAUUUUUGAGGAAAACAUUCCAGGAUUUUUCUCCAUAUAAUGGUCUUUAUUGGACCCGGCUCAUAAGUCUUGAAUAGUGAAGCCGCUGGCUCUUUGAUCUGCCCCUGGUGGCUGGCUGCAGUACAAGUCAUAAACCCCGCCCUCUCCAUUCAAACGAAUGGGACUAAAUAAAUAAAAUAUUUUUAUUUAUUUAUAAAGUGUAAAAUAUUUACACUUCCAAUAAAAGUUUACGAAACAUGGUUCUGGUCCUUUCAAGUAGUUGUUAUCACGCUGAUAUAUGUUCAAGUCUUCAUUUUUAUGAUAAGUUUCAUUUUAGCUAGUAAUUUGAUGCUAUAGAAACGGGCCGUGUUGUUAUGAUUGGCGUGGUUGAAUUGGUCGCGCAAGCAUUUGGGCAGAAGUUUGGCUCAAGUGACGAUUCCUUCUGCGCAUGCCUUGACUCCAAACUGACGUUUUUACGCAACAUGGCGGCGACCAUGGUCGGACAUUUUUGGCUUCAAUUCAUUACAAUGGAGGGAGGCGACGUCGCGUCGUCCAUCUUUUUUUAUAGUCUAUGAUUGGACCUCAACAGUUUGCAGUUUCAGUGCAGCUUAAAAGGACUCUAAAUGAUCUCAACCAUGGCAUAAGGGUCUAUUCUAGCGAAACGAUUAUCAUUUUCACCAAAAAAUAAAAAUAAAUCAUUUUAAACCACAACUUUUCAUCUUGCACUAGCCGCUGUGUUGCGUGAUCUUACAUAUUACAUAAUCACGUACCACUCCAGUGUUUACAAGUGUGAAGAAAGGGGAGUGUUCAGAUGUUGUUGUAUGGGUCGGCAGUGGCUCAGUGGUUCAUGUAGGUUGUCUACAAACCGGAAGGUUGGUGGUUCAAUCCCCGACUCCACCGGACCAAGUGUCGAGGUGUCCUUGAGCAAGACACCCAACGAGCUGGAUGGCACCUUGCAUGGCUGACACCACCGUCGGUAUAUGAAUGGGUGAAUGUGAGGCUAAUUGUAAAGCGCUUUGGAUGGCCAUAGGUCUGUAAAAAGCGCUAUAUAAAUGCAGUCCAUUUUCCAUCCAUUUUUAUGUGGAAUGAUACAAAUUAAUGUCUUUGUGUCAGUUUAUUGUUUUAAAUGGUCCGCAAAUGUGCGUUUCACAUAUGUAACACGUGACCUAUCCAAGUGAUUAUGUAAUACGUAACGUGGAACGUCACACGGCUAGUGCAAGACAAGAAGUUGAGGUUUAAAAGUAAUUUUUUGAGGGAAAAAUGAUGAUGGUUUUGCUAGAUAAGACCCUUAUGUCUUGGUUGGGAUCGUUUAGAGUCCUUUAAAGCAGCAUUGAAACUGUCAUCUGUUGUGGUCCACUAAAGUCCACUAUAUGGAGAAAAAUCCUGGAAUGUUUUCCUCAAAAACUUAAUUUCUUCUUGACUGAAAGAAAGACAAGCAUCUUGGAUGACAUGGGGGUGAGGAAAUGAUCAGGAUUAUUUUUUAUAAAAGUUGAAUAUUUCUUUAAUUUUACUGUGAGAGAUGAAUCUGUCUGUUAGUAUAUCUCUAUUAAUGAUUAAUUUGAACAGGAAAACCCAUCCUGAUCAUUGCUGUGUUCUGAUAUCUGUGUCUGAGUUAAUGAUAAUCAUGAGGUUGAUUUAUAUUUCUGUGUCAUGUGCAAUGUUCGGAACACACAGCAACGUCACCUUCUCAACAGUAAUGAACUAAAGAUAUCCUACAGGACUGUAACUUACUUCUGAGAUUAUGUGAUUUACCUUUAAUUGUUUUGGAUGGUUUUCCUAACAAAAUGACUUUUUUCUUCUUUCUUUGUCUUUUGGUGCCUGGAGCACACAGCUCUUCACUGGAUAGUUUAAUAGAUGUCUUGAUCUCGUGUGAUGACACUCAAAGUGCUCUUGGUCUUGCAUGCCUUUUUUUAUGUGCUGCUACGAUAUUAUGAGUUGCUUCUCUCUCAUAUUUUUAUUUUGGACAAUGUGCCAGAAGCUAUAGAUCAGUUCAGUGCGUUCAUUUCAAACCGCAUGCCUGUUUCUACUCGAACCUUGCCAAAAUACAGCUGAAGAUUCACGAUACAGCUAAAUCACACAAGGGCACACCAGUACUUUUCAUUUGUAACAAAAAUUAGCAAUUACUUGAAAACACGCUGAUAUCAACAUAUCAACCCCCGGGAUGCCGCAGAAGCUUCACUUACCGUAGACGACAGUGCCUUUGAUUUCAUUAAGACCUCCAGAACAAGCCAACAGAUGGACCUUCAGCAGCACCACCACAUAAACCUAUGAUAGCACACACAGUUUAAAGGCACCCAAACUUCAUGAAUCGAACUGUAAGAGCUGCACUACCAUUGUCAUCAUGAUCUCGCUUUCCUUUCUAUUGUACGUAGAAUUACACACUUGGUUUUCUUUAUUUUUGAGGAAUAUUUUAAGUGCCAUUCGACUGUUUACGUAGUAAGUCAUGGCCUGCUGUAGCGCGUUCAAAUGCAAGCACAAGUAUCGUGGUACUCUGAGAAAAAACAUGUCCCACAUGUAAAUAUUGAGAGAAAAUGGAAGGAUAUUUAUUUAAAGUCCCUUACUUUUCAGCAGUUUAAUGAUUAAUAUCUUUGAAAGUGUAAAUUGUGAUUUUUUUGUCCCCCCUCUCUAUGGAUUUGGAUGAUAUCUUGUAUCUUACAUAUACAGUACGUAUGUAUUUUUUCCUUUCUGUGUGUUGUUCCAAUUUACCUCUUAGUAAAUUAUAUCCUCUGAGAAUUGGUAAAAGCUAACUAAUACGUGUAGAGUUAUUUGUAUUGUGUAUUUUACAUGAAGGAUAACAAAACUGGGGAACUUUUAUAUUUAUAAAAUUAUAUAUUAACAUUUUAGUGUGUCAAUAUGAGGAAAAUAUAGGAAUUAUCCAAGACACAUGUAGUUUGUUUUUUCUGAAUAUUUCAGA